AUAUUACUGUAGCCAUCAAAAUUCUAACCUUGCAGUUCAUGACGUGCAGUUUUCAGUGCUGUUUGAUCGUGUUACAAUUCCAGUUAAAAUAGUGGAGUAUUCGUUAAAAUGGAAUGUUUAAUCGGCAUACAAUUUAAGGACUUUGUGUUAGUUGCGGCUGACAUGACAACAGCUCAAUCUAUCAUGGUUAUGAAAAGUGAUGAAGAAAAAAUUCACAAAAUGUCUGAUAAACUUAUCAUGGCAGUCUCUGGAGAAUCUGGAGAUACUAUACAAUUCUCAGAAUAUAUAGGAAAAAAUAUUCAACUUUACAAAAUGAGAAAUGGGUAUGAACUAUCUCCAAAGGCAGCUGCCUCUUUCACCAGGAGAGAGUUGGCAGAUUAUCUUAGAAGUAAAACACCAUAUUUUGUCAAUCUGUUAAUGGCUGGUUAUGAUGAUAAUACUGGACCAGAGUUAUAUUUCAUUGAUUAUUUAGCAUCAUGUGUUAAAGUAUCUUAUGCAGCACAUGGUUACGGUGGCUUUUUCUCUCUUUCCAUUUUGGAUAGAUACCACAAAUACGAUUCAACAGAAGAAGAAGCAUAUGUAUUAAUGAAACAAUGUGUUAGAGAAUUGCAAAAGAGAUUGAUAAUUAAUCUUCCAAACUUCAAAGUACAAAAGAUAUCUAAAGAAGGUAUAGGAGAAUUGGAACCUAUUACAGCAAAGAAUUUGGCAAUAGAAGAUGCGGCUAAAGUAUAAAGUAGUUUUACUCUAUUUUUAUUCAUUU